ACGGCGAGGACGGGCCCAGCCGCAAUGGCGCCCAAAGAGGAACAAGCAGUAAAAAAUCUCAACGUGGAGAAUGCCAAACAGGAAAAUGAAAAAAAGGAUGAAAAGGAGCAAGUUGCUAAUAAAGGAGAGCCCUUGGCCCUCCCUUUGGAAGCUGGUGAGUAUUGUGUGCCGAGAGGAAAUCGUAGGCGGUUCCGUGUUAGGCAGCCCAUCCUGCAGUCCAGGUGGGACAUGAUUCAGAGGCUUGCAGAACCACAGGCAAGGAUGAGAGAGGAGAAUAUGGAAAGGAUUGGGGACGAGAUGAGACAGCUGACAGAAAAGCUGAGGGAAAUGCAGUUCAGUCGUAGUCUGCGGGCAGUUAGCACUGACCCUCCUCACCAUGACCAUCAUGAUGAGUUUUGCCUUAUGCCUUGAAUCUUGAUGUUUUCCCUGAAGUUAAUAGGAAGACACACCUGCUUCCUAAACUUAAUGUUCUCAACGUACAUUUGUUGUAAACCUUUUGGUGUUACAUGUCUCUUGUGGGUCUCCUAUAACCAGCUUCUAAUUGAAUGUUGUAUUUUGAC